AUGAGAAGUGGUAAUCUAUCAUGGAACAUGGAGUUUGUCCUUUUGGGCUUGACCAGUAAUCCGGUAACUCAGAAAGUCCUCUUUGCUCUUUUUCUGGGGAUGUAUCUUGUGACCUUGACAGGGAAUAUUCUCAUCAUGCUGGCGAUAAGAGGGGACCCACACUUGCACACACCUAUGUAUUAUUUUCUGAGCCACCUCUCCUUCUUGGACAUGUGCUACACCACCACAAUCAUUCCUCAAAUGUUGUCCAACUUCCUGGCCCAGCGCAAAACCAUCUCCUUUGUGGGCUGCAUGGCACAGAUGUACAUCUCCCUGUCUCUGGGAGGAAUCGAAUUCAUCCUGCUAGCUGUCAUGGCGUACGACCGGUACAUGGCAAUCUGCCAUCCCUUGUAUUAUAAUGUUCUUAUGAACCAACGGCUCUGCAUGCAGAUGGCAGUCGGGUGUUGGCUCUGCGGCUUCGUGAAUGCCCUGUUGCAGACGGUGUUCACUCUGCACUUGCCAUUCUGCGGAAGGAAGACCAUCAACCAUUUUGGCUGUGAAGUCUUAGCCGUCCAGCAGCUGGCCUGCUCUAGCACCUUUGUGGGAGAUGCUGUGAUGCUGGGAGCUGGUGUCCUCAUUCUGCUCACACCCUUCUUCCUUGUGCUGGUGUCCUACGUGUACAUCGUCACAACCAUCUUCCAGAUCCGUACAGCAGAGGGAAGGCGCAAAGCUUUUUCCACUUGUACAGCCCACCUAGUGGUGGUGACCCUGUGCUAUGGGACAGCCAUCUUUGCCUACUUGCGACCUAGGUCCCACUAUUCACCUAAGCAGGGGAAGACUGCCUCAUUGUUCUAUUGCAUUGUUACUCCCAUGCUGAACCCCAUGAUCUACAGUUUGAGGAACCAAGAGGUAAAGGGGGCCCUGGUGAAGGUGGUUGGGCUAAAGGGCAAAAGGAGAACCCUAAUUUCCUCAUGA